UUUUUUGAGUCACUUCCUGGCCCGGGGCGGAGUCAGCCAGGCCCCACCCGGCGCAGGGCGGGCUCCGCGCCCUAGCGCGCGCCUGCCGCCGGGACCCUCCCUGACCCGCCCCCGGCCCGCCUCCCGGCCCCGCCCACUCGCCCGGGGUUCGCUUGGGCUCAGCUUCCAAGCCUGCCUGAUGGGUUCACCUCUCCCGGUAAAUCUGGGUUCUCGCUCGUUCUGCGCAGUUGUUUCUCGGGAGAGAGGAACCAUUCAUUGAGAGCUGGAGGUGAAGAGGAUCCCUUCGGAUGAAGAUGUGGAAGAUCAAGGAGAGAAAGAGACUGGCCCACGGUCACAAGAUACUGACACGGUUGGCCCAAGCACUUUCCACCACGAUCGUAGGGGAAAGACAAGGUCACCCGCUUUCUUCUAAUGGCGGAAAGGGGCCACUGAGAGGGCUGUUGACUAGUGAGGGAUUUUAAGAGGAGAGGAAUGAGGAAAAGGAGGGGCUGUACGAGCUGUCUGGCGCAUAGAUGCACGCUCACCGGCAUACACCUACAGGCUCUCACACAUUCUCACAGGCACAUGUACACUUUUACACACCAAGUUCUCUAUGGUCCCAGAUCCAGCCUUCAGUGCUCUCCAGAGGGGCUGCCCUGGGUUCUGGCUGUAGCCCUUCUGUCUCUCUGCUUCAUCCCUCCUCUCCCUCCUAGCGCCCAACUGCUGUCACUUCGUGCCCUGCCAAGGAGGAGGGAACUGCAGUGACAGCAGGAGAGAGAGGCAGGACAGAGUCGUGGGGGUACAGAGAGGUAUGGAGAGGGAGAUGCUGAGACCAGGUUAAGAGUGAGACCCAGAGAGGGGGCUGAGGAGCAGGGUGAGGGGUGGUGAGAGCCCCGGGGGAAGCAGGAACUGAAAGGAGCGGCAAGAGGGGACAAGACAGGAAGACUUGUGGGUCACAGAACAACUCAGCCAUGCCAGGAGCAAAGCGACACUGGCGACCAAGACUCCCACCCAGCCCCAGGCUGCCCUUGGCCCUGAUACUUCUGACCCUAGGGAAUGGGUGGGCCCAAGAAGGGGCAGAGCCUGUCCUCCUGGAGGGGGAAUGCCUGGUGGUCUGUGAGCCUGGCCGAGCUGCUGCAGGGGGGCCUGGGGGAGCAGCCCUGGGAGAGGCCCCCCCAGGAAGAGUGGCAUUUGCUGCAGUCCGAAGCCACCACCACGAGCCAGCAGGGGAGAUCAGCAAUGGCACCAGUGGGGCCAUCUACUUUGACCAGGUCCUGGUGAAUGAGGGUGGUGGCUUUGACCGGGCCUCGGGCUCUUUUGUGGCCCCUGUUCGUGGUGUCUAUAGCUUCCGGUUCCAUGUGGUGAAGGUGUACAACCGCCAGACUGUCCAGGUGAGCCUGAUGCUGAACACGUGGCCCGUCAUCUCAGCCUUUGCCAACGACCCUGAUGUGACCCGAGAGGCAGCCACCAGCUCUGUGUUACUGCCCCUGGACCCUGGGGACCGAGUGUCCCUGCGCCUGCGUCGGGGGAACCUACUAGGGGGCUGGAAAUACUCAAGCUUCUCUGGCUUCCUCAUUUUCCCACUCUAAGGGUUCAGGCCU